AUGACCUCCACCGCAACCAUGGCGACGGCAUCGACCACAGCCGGUCCCACCUUCAAGACAAUCGCCACGCCGACAGCUUCGGAGCUGCUGUUUGCAGACGACACCUCGUCGAAGCGCUUAUACUGGGAUCGCUCCUUCUAUGAUUCCAUCGAAACGCAGAAACGGGUGCUAGCGGAAAGCGCCACUCUUUACGUGGGCAAUCUGGCCUUCUCCACUCGGACGGCGCAGAUUCGAUCUCACUUUGCCAUGGUAGGGAAAAUCAAACAAAUCCAUAUUGGGCUCGAUCGGCACAAGAAGACGCCCUGUGGAUUCUGCUUUGUAGAGUACUACGAUCGAGCAUCCGCACUAUCAGCAGUUGCAAAUCUCUCAGGAUCAAAGCUGGAUGGCCGCAUUAUCAGGGUCGAGUUGGACGCGGGAUUUCAUCCUGGGAGACAGUACGGAAGAGGACGAUCUGGAGGGCAAGUACGUGACGAUAAACGAGCCACGGGACGAAGAGGAUCGCAAUCUAGUUUGGGAAGUAACAACAACAGUAGCGAUCAUUACGGGCCUGGAAUGAAACGAGAGCGGGAGAAUCCAGCUGUAGAGGGAGAACAGACGCAAGGUUCUUCCGCACCCGACGAAUCGAUGGAACAAUCUGCCAAGAGACAAAAGAUGGAGUAA